GCCCGGCAGCUGGCCACACCUCAUCGCCCAAAUAUAUUCCCUCCAUCUAUCCGCCAUUUCUGCAACCUCACCUAGCUCCCACUUUUACUUUUCGCAGCAUCCCAACAAUACCUCCGAUCAGCUUCCUCGUACCUCGUAAUCAUGUCCGCACCGGCACCGGAGAAGAAGUCCAACUUCGUCCGCACUUGCAACCUCUUGGGCCAGUAUCUCCACGGCAAAGUUAGCCUCAGAGAUCUCAGCCUUGGAAUCGGAAAACCCGAUGAGUCUCGUGAUACUGCGACAAUGGAUUUUCUGGGCAAUCUGGGAAAAUCAACCCAGGAGGGAGAGGCGCCCUGCAAAACUGCCCAGUUGACUAUAUUUUACUCCGGCAAACUCGUGGUGUUUGAUGAUUUUCCGGCGGACAAAGCCAGGGCGGUUAUGUUAUUGGCUAGCAGGGGAAGCCCUCAGAGCAGUUGCGCCGUCUUUCCGGCCGCCACCGACGAUAACAUCAACCGCACUACCGCCGCCGCCGCCGAUCCUCCACCGCUUCCAUUGCAGCACGCCGAAACUAAUGCCUCUGAUUUGCCCAUCGCUAGAAGAUCAUCGCUUCAUCGAUUCCUGGAGAAGAGGAAGGACAGGGCAAUUGCAAGAGCACCAUACCAAGUCCAUAACCACCACUCUGCCAUGCCUUCAUCCUCCAAGAAUCACCCUUCUUCUUCUUCCAACAAUGGCGAUGAGGAUCAUUCAUCUUCCAAUUCUGGGAAUGAGCUGCUAGAUCUCAACUUCAAGUUAUAAUUAUAUUAUUAAUCACCUGAACUGUUCUUCUAGCGGUUGAAUAUAGAAUAUGUAGUUAAUAGUUUUAGCUGCAUGUGACUUCCUAUUAAACUUGACUUUGGCCUUCUCAAAGCCACCUAACAAAGCCUCAUUUCUUUGACUGUGUUUUAGUUCAUCAUUCAACAAUUAAUUAAUGUAUUUUGGACAGCACUUUGCUUCUUAAUUGGAUCAGUAUGGUACAGGCUUAAAGGUGUCCCAUACAAUUAGGGUCUGCUCAAGACACCUCGUGGUCUAACAAAACAAAUACUAUAAUCCAAAGCUUUAGCUUUAUACAACAUGGUGUUACGUGGGUACUGGGUACAAAGAUGUUAGUGUAGCCGGAUGUACUUUGUUUUAGUGCAUCGACCAAUAAUUAAUGUAUUUUUUGUUUUUUUUUCAACACCGGCGUUGUGUUGGUUUAGGUACAAAGAUGUUAUUGUAGCUGGUUGUACUGAACACGUAACAUCACUCUUGACUAUAGUGAUUUUUGUUGUUUGAUCAUUUAAAAUCUAUCAGU